AUGAAAAAAAUUAUUAGUUUUGAAAUAAUAAAAUCUGAAACAAAAACAACAACAAGGUGUGUCUCGAUGCCGUUUACUGAACGUUUUUCAUUGUAUAAAAUUGAUGAUAUUCACAAUAUACCAUUUGAUACAAUUGCCUAUUCAAAAUACAAAUAUGGUGAUCAUAGUAUAGCACAAAAAUUUGGUGAAGAACUUGGAAAUGCGUUUAUCACACAAAAUUCAAAUCAUUUAUUAGCAACUAAAGAACAAUUUGUUUGUAUUUCAUCACCAUUUGGUUAUGUAGCACCAGCCGCU